AUUCGGUCGUUGAAGUACACGUCGACGCCACCACCGCUUCCGACGAUGUGGACCCGCGUGAACCUGAAGAAGGAGACGGUGGUCGUGGAUUCCCGGCAGGCCAAGGCGUAUCGGAAGGCAUGCAAUGACUUUUCAGAUGCGUUCAUGGAAGGAAAAUAUACACUGCAGGACCUGCUCAAUGAGACCAUGAGCGAAGGCCUGUUGGUGUUCAUUGCCGACCACAUGCAUCCAUCCAUGCGCAGUGCGUUGCAUGGCACGGAACGCAUCAACGAAUGCGCGGCGCUAGCGUUGGGGUUAAGCCAGGACGUGUCCAAGCCUGUGUCGAAGGAAACGCAGGAUUUCGCGCUCGGACUGACGCUGCUGCUCAACACGAAGAGCACCGUGGUCCAAUGUUGCACGACCUAUCAACCAGGACAUGCCGACCGCUGCACGGGAUUUUGGGCGUGGUGCUUUGAAGCGAUGGUGGACGCAGUGACCACCCACACCAAGUUCCACUUGCCCCCAACCGACGAUGCGCUCGGUCGCAUGUGCGCCGCCUUCUCCACGCUCAUUCGGCAUGUCGUGAUGAACUGGAACAAGGGCACUUGUGUGCUGUUUCAUCUGAGCGAACACCCGCCCCACGUCCGCCUCCUUCUGGACCUCGUCGAGUUCGACGACAUGCGCGACGCGAUCGUGCGCCUCAUCUACUGCGACCACUCGUACGCCGCCAUGGAGCUCGUCAAGCGCACCAAGAUCAUCUCGCUGCUGCUCCACCGUCUCACGGCGCUGGACUGGUCCGCCGACAAGGACAACGUCGAGAGUGUGCUGUGCUCGCUCGUGUUUGCGCCAUACAUUUCACCCCGCGGCGACCUCAUCUUCAUCAAAUCUAUCCCCAAGGAUAAACUCACGGGCGAGCCAGACUACGUCCAGCUGUGCGGCACAUCGCGGGAUAUGGCGUAUACCCCCAUGCGCCUCUUUACGUCCAGGGUAAGAUGACCAAGAAGCAUGAGGUCGGGGGUUGAGUAGGUAUAGGUGGUG